AUGGCGACCGUCGUGGUGCGCCAACAACACACCCUCCGCCAUUCCACCCCUCCUCCCGCGGGAAUCUCUCCUUCCUUGAAUCUCAACCGAAGUUCAUCUCCGAUACCAAACAAACAUUUGCCCAUUUGCCCGGCAGGCACCUCGCCGAUUACCUCCCAAACAGCCUCCCCUCCCGGCAAAGAUGAUGUCACCAACCAACCCGCUUCCCUGCUUUAUCCACCGAAUGGAUUCCGGCAAGUUUGCGAUUGCCCGAAGGUAUAUACAUUGGAUGCUAUGGCACUGUCUGCUGCAGUAGAGCAUUAUGCCACCCAACCACUGCCAGACCCCAGUCUCGUCUUUCCGUGGUUACAUGGUCUGCAUCCCGAGAAUCAUCUGCAGAUAGGCUUCUUCACGAACCGGAAACGCUCUCUUCGGCGCACCCCUAAGUGCUGGCGCGGAAUCGUUAUCGUCAAAGUUGGGGGUGACCUAACUACCUCGAGGAUCAAAGGCGCAGUGUCCCCGGAAGAGAUCCUAGCGCCAUCAGGCCAUGAAUUUCUUGCCGUAGACCCCCGCGAAGGUUUCUCCGUGCGCAACUUCCAAAUUCAAACAGCCAAGUUGGCUCCCCUAUCUGAUAUUGUGCUUUACGGCGCCGAUGGCAUCAGCGAAAAGCAACUGCUUGAUGCAGCCAAGGGUGUCGCGUUUGCCCAGCAGCUUUGGAAAGACACAAAUGACCCCGACAAUACGCUGCCCGUCUAUAACACAUUUAUUCUUUCCUCCUCAUUCUCUGAACUAGAAAACAAGACGCCGGAACUGGUUGCCAUCAAUACACAAGGUCAACUGACCGGCCAAGUGGUAGAUUUCUUUCAAUGGGAGCGCCUGGAGAUGUGCGACAUGUCCCGAGCGUCGGAAUUUUCAACCAAUGUUUGGCAAGGUCCUACGCCAGAUCAUAUCUUAAGACCUGGAUCAUGUGAGCCCAUAUUAGAAGACUUCGACCUGUUCAUCGAGGCGAGCGACCUUGCUAGUAUCCCAGGUCCUCGGCUCCUCGCCAAGCUGAACAAACAACUUGAUGACGGCCCUCAGCGGAUGGAAUUUCCAUCGUCUGGUUCGAUCUUAAUUCCAUCGAGUGAGAACCGAGAAGUGGAUGAUCUAGUGAACACAGUCCGGUGGAUCUACUAUCUAGCGAACCCAGAUGGGCCAGACCAUCAUCCAGAUGCCGAUGGCGAUAUUCCCAUGCUUCCGCUAUCUAAGAAGAGCCGCAAGAUACUUAUCCAUUGUCCGGAUGGUUAUACGGAGAGUUCGCUCCUUAUGCUUGCAUAUGUGAUGUUUUCUGAGGGGAUUCCGGCCCAUGAUGCCUGGCUGAAACUUCACCGCGAGAAGAAACGCAAUUUCUUCGCCUAUCCGUCGGACGUCACAUUCUUAACCACCGUGCAAGGAAGGCUCCUUCAAGAAAGUCCCGCAGCCCACGCCCAUGGGAUUACCAGCUUCCCCGAUCCUCCUUGGUUCAAGUACUGCGACGGCUCUCUUCCAAGUCGAAUUCUGCCAUACAUGUACCUCGGCAACCUGUCUCACGCAAACAACCCAGAGAUGCUUUGGGAACUGGGUAUCAGACGUAUUCUGAGCAUUGGCGAAUCCGUCUCGUGGAACAGCUCCGAGAUUUCCAAGAUGGGCCCAGAAAAUAUUUUGCAUAUUACUCAGGUCCAGGACAACGGAAUCGAUCCCUUGACUCAAGAGUUCGAUCGAUGUCUUGACUUCAUCCGCCAAGGUAAACAUGAUGGGACGGCUACGUUGGUGCACUGCCGCGUUGGCGUAUCACGAUCAGCAACAAUCUGCAUCGCCGAAGUCAUGGCGUCCUAUGGGCUUUCGUUCCCCAGAGCUUAUUGCUUCGUCCGGGCUAGGCGAUUGAACGUAAUUAUUCAGCCCCAUCUGCGGUUUGUCUAUGAACUGCUAAAGUGGGAAGAGCUGCAAUUACAGAAGCGCAAGAAGCUUUUGAAGCGGGAACUCGAAUGGCCUACUGUGGCCCGCGAAAUUGCGCUCAUGAACAAACCCUACUCAAGAUAG